UAGAGCGAAGCAGUGCAAACUUACUUAUUGUAUUGUUUUAGUAAACUUCUUAUAAGAACAAAAUAACUCUUCAAAGCGGGAAAAUGAAAGGCAGGAAAUUUUAUGUUUGGAACUUCUUCUUGCUUCUGCUAACAAGCAUCGUUUCAGCUGACGACGACAAUGUGAUGCCGACUUCAAAUACGACAAAUGAUAAUGAUCCGGAACAAAGCGAAAAUGAAGAAAUUAUAUUUAGCUCACCAAUCUCUAACGAUAAUCCUGAACCAAUAGGUAUGCCAAAACCAACAAAACCGAAAUCUCACCAUCAUAACAAACCAAAAGACCAUUUGGAGAACGUUCAGACCCACAGAAAGCCUGUUUAUGAGGCUGUUAGUCAACCAUGUUAUUCGUACAGCUGUCGAGGAGGAUACGAUGGAAAUUACCCACGAUGGCAACCAAGAGGCAACAGAGUUGUUCCUUACCCUCAGCCACCAUUGAAUGAAGGCCGACGGAGAGGUCCUUACCAAAGCCAAGAUUAUUAUUUUGAUGAUUAUUACAUGCCAAGAGAACCAGAAUAUGGGUACAGACAAAGAGGAGGAGGAUAUGGAUAUCCAAGGGGAAGAUACGGUGGAGGAGAUUUUGGUGGUUAUGGGCAAUCAGGUUACGGAAGACGUUUUUUAGGUUAGUCAUUGUCUCAUAGUAAUGAUGUGUUAUUUUAGAAGAAAUAAGUGCAUUGUUGACUAAUAGAUUUGCAAAUUUACCAAGAGGUGCGUGGAUUAACUAGAAGGCCACCAGUUUGUAUCGAAUUACAUGUAUACCAUAAUUUU